AUGGGCCAGUCGGAAUCCCAAGGAGAGGAUGAAGAGGUGGAUGUGUCAGCCAUACAAACUCUCUACAAAAGCUUCAUUAUGGAAUGCCCCAGUGGCUCUUUGCAUUUGCACGAAUUCAAGAAGAUAUUUGGAAUAAAAAACGACGACACUCCAGAAUCUUUAUACAUGGACAAUUUGUUUCGGUCGUUCGACCAGAACGGAGACAAUACAAUGGACUUCAUUGAAUAUGUAGCUGCCCUACAUCUUGUUCUACGUGGAAAACUAGAGGACAAACUCCGAUGGUCAUUUAAAGUGUUUGACAGGGACGAAAACGGACGUCUAGACAGAAAGGAGUUAAAACAGAUCAUAAAGAUUAUUUAUAGGAUGAAGCAGGGGAAAAUGGUUGAUGAAUCCGGCAAUCAUCUCAAUGUCGAAGAAAUAUGUGACCGACUGUUUGUUGCCAUAGACAAAGACGGUGACGACCAUAUUUCCCUUGAGGAGUUUCUGGAGGGAGCCCAAAACGACCCAUGGGUGCGCAAUUGCCUUAGGCUGGACGUGAACCCAUGUGCUUGGGUGAACCAGCAUCAGGAGCAGAUCACCGGAUACAAAAAGCCACUACCUUCAUCUAAAGACACCAAAUUACGAUGA